AUGGACAAGUCGAAGCUCUGUACCCCUUGGUCCGUUCAGCCUCAUCGAAGCGUGACACAGGCGGGCCCUUACUCUGAUCGCGCGCCGUCCCCGCCCUACAUUACCCUCCACUCCCACGCCAUGGGGAGCCACGAGGCCGGCCAGGAUGCCUACACCCUUUGGCCCUGCGUGGCGAACCUCUCUGCGCUCCGUCUUACGCGCGAGGAGCUCCGCAUCUUGACCCGCGAUCAGCCGCAGGUGGCUAGCGACGGAGCCGGAUCCUGGAUGUACGAGCAGCGGCGUGGGCCUCAGCCCGUGCUCGACUACAUGAGCAUCGGCCCUACGAGCAGCAUCCGCGACCAUGAGUACCUCAGGCAGAACAACAUCUCCAUGAUUGUGGUUGUGCGGGACGCUAGGAUGGUCAACAUGCCGUCGCUGAGCGUGACAAAGGCCUGCGAGGAAUUCAACAUCGAAGCGUCCUUCGUAAACGUCGACAUCGAGAACCCGCUGCACCUAAUCCGUGAACUCCCCGAAAUCACCUUCAACCUCAACAGCCACAUGAUCAACCUGCACAAUCGGUCUCAAGCAGAGACAGGUGUCCCGCGCACCGGCCAUAUCCUGGUGACGUGCGAUUCCGGUAACGAUAGAUCCGCUGCCGUCGUCGCGGCGUACAUCAUGGCCGUGUACGGAGCAUCGAUGCACAAGGCGGCGCAGUUCCUGCAUAGACGGCGCUUUAGUUGCAACUUUGACGAGGGUGCAAAACGCAUGCUGCAAACGUGGGAGGAGCUACUGCUGGCGCAGGCAGCGGUUGAGGCGGAUCAGCAGGCUACGCAGCGCAGGGCCGAGCCGCCAAAGUCCAAACGCCGUCUCGAUGACAUGCUGGUCCCCGAUAUCUUUGUUGAGGGUGGUACCACUUGCGUGAGCUAUGAUGAGGAUCGAUUCCAGGAAAGGAGAUUUGCCCCCUUCAAGGACUCGGAAGUGGACAUGGAAUAA